AUGAAGUUAACAUCCCUUGCUUUUCUCUUGGCCGGUAUCAAGGCUGCAGCUGCUUUCAGAUGCACCGACGGCUUUUACGGGUCUUGCUCAUAUGAUUCUGCUGGUCAGACGCCACAUGAUCCCCGUUGCGCUGUUAAGUGCGAAUAUGUGCCUGGUGCUCUCGUUGUCGAGUCAUUCCUGCAUCACCAAAGCGCAAUAUCAAGGCCGAAACAAAUGCGAUAA